AUGAACGUUAAAGAUGUGGAUACCCUUUUAGAUAUUUUUAGAGGGGGGCCAGGUGUUCAUACUUGCUCAGGUAUUGAAAAUUAUUUUUUAGAAAACAAUACGUUAGAUGUUGAUAUUAAAAAAGAAUUCAUAAAAAGGUUGGAGAACCCCACAUUUUUAUCAAAGUUUUGUAUGUUAAAGAGAAAGUUCGUUUAUAACUUUUUUCUAGUCAAAAAGGAAAUAGUAAAAAAAAGGUUAUGGACUUAUAUAGAAAAUAUUAUUGAUAAAUUAAAUGAUGAUGAUAUUAUAAAAGUACAUAAAUAUUUAGAAAAGGAAUCUGGGAAUGUUAUUCAUACCUUUUUAAAUAAUUUAUAUUUGUAUAAAGAUAUGGAAAAUAAAAGAAGAAGGAGGAAAAAUAUAAAAAGAAAAAAAAAAGAAAAAAAAAAAAGAAACAAUCAUGAUAUAUAUAAUAAUUGUAAUAUAAAUUCGAAUAAAUUAGAUUGUAAUUUACCUUAUAAUUUAAAUUUAGAAAACAUAUUUUGGAAGCAGAUAAAUUUAAAAAAUUAUAAGAAGAAAUAUUUUUAUCAUAUUAAUAAAAAUAUAAACUCUUUGUGGAAGGUAUAUUUAUCAUAUAACUUGUUAAAUAUAAAUAAAUGUGAACGUAAAGAUCUUAUUAAAAAUAUAUUACACACAUUAUUAAAAAAAGAAUAUGAACAAUUAAGUUGUUUUGAAUGGGAUUCAAAAGUUGUUUUAUAUAAAUUGUUAAAAAAUCAAGAUUUAAAAAAAUGUUCACUGGAAAAUUAUACAGAAGAUGAUGUAACUAGUAACCCGAGCAAUGAUUUUGACAAUACUGUGGAUAUAGAUCUUAAUAUGAAGGAAAAUGUACAAAAUAAAGAUAAGGUUCAUGUUGGUGAUAAAAUUGGUUCCAUUCCUGAAGGUGAUAACAUAUGUCUUCAGACGGAUGACCAAACAUAUAAUCAUAAUAAUAAUAAUAUAAUGUUAAAAAAAAAAAAAAAGUCAUCAGAAAAUCAUAUUUUAAUAAAUAGUAAUAAUGUUUUAUUAAAUUAUAAUAAAAAUUCUGAAUUAUUAGAUGAUUGUUUCAAAUUAUGUAAUAAUAAUAAUAAUAAUGUUCAUAUAUAUGAUAAAAGUAAUGUAAGUUACACAAAUUUAAACGAUUUAAAGAAUGGAUAUUAUAAAGAUACAGAUAUAAUAUAUGAUUUAUUAUUAAAAUCUAUAAAAGGAGAAAUAAAAUUGAAAGUUAAGAAUUUUGUUAAGGUUCAUCAAGUUGGACAAGGAGCAUAUGGAGAUGUUUGGAUGGCAGAAGAUAUAAUAAAUAAUCAAAGAGUAGCUUUAAAAAAAUUAAAAUUAAAUGAAGAAAAAGAUGGAUUUGCAAAAACUUAUAUAAGAGAAAUAUCUAUUUUAAAUUCAUUAAAACAUGAAAAUAUUGUUGAAUUAAUUGGAGUAGUACAUUCUAUUUUACCUGUAAAUUUUAAUAAUCAAAAUAUGAUAAAUCAAUCUCCUCAAAAUUCUCAUCCUAUUCAUAUAAAUCACAAUAACAUUUUUCAUAACAAGUUUUUUGAUCAAAAUAAUUAUAAAGAUUUUCUUAUUACUGAAAAGAAUUAUUUUGGUAAUAAAAAAAAUAGGCGUACAUUAAAUGAAGAUAUGUUGUCAGUUGUAGAUAUAUCAUCAAAUGAAGAUAUGUUGUCAGUUGUAGAUAUAUCAUCAAAUGAAGAUAUGUUGUCAGUUGUAGAUAUAUCAUCAAAUGAAGAUAUGUUGUCAGUUGUAGAUAUAUCAUCAAAUGAAGAUAUGUUAUCAGUUGUAGAUAUAUCAUCAAAUGUAGACAUAUCACCAAAUCAAGAUAUAUCACCAAAUCAAGAUAUAUCACCAAAUGAUUGUUAUACCUUAAAUAAUUUAUUAAACCAUAAUCAGGUGGACCCAUCCACUUCUCUUUCCAUAUCUUCAUACGAAGAUACGACUUCAAGUAAUAGCUCCCAUUCCAAUUGUUCAUCCUCGAGUGUAUCUUCAUUCAUGUCAUACGAUAAAAAUAAAGAAAAAAAAUCAUGUAUUUGGAUGGUGUUUGAAUAUGUACCUUUUGAUUUGUCAGGAUAUAGUGAACUUCUAAGAGAAGAAAGAAAUGAAAAAGAAAGAUAUAAAUAUGCUAACUUAUUCAGUAUAGGUGAAAUCAAAAAUAUUUUUAUACAAUUAUUAAAAGCUUUAGAUUAUUGUCAUAAAAAUAAUAUUAUCCAUAGAGAUAUUAAAAUAGCUAAUUUGUUAAUAGAUAAUAAUGGAAUUUUAAAGCUAGCUGAUUUUGGACUAGCUAGAUUCCAUUCUGAUAUUAAUGCAUCUAAUAUGACAAAUAGAGUUAUUACAUUAUGGUAUAGACCACCAGAAUUAUUAUUAGGUUCUGAAAAUUAUAUGGCAUCGGUUGAUAUGUGGAGUUGUGGUUGUGUUCUAGCAGAAUUAUUAACCAGCAAUCCUUUAUUUUCUGCGGAAAAUGAAACAGAUAUAUUAAAAAUUAUUGUUAAUAAGUUAGGGUUUCCAAAUGAAAGAGAUAUAAAAUAUUUAAGAAAUUUACCCUGCUGGAAUUUAUUAAAAUUAAAUCCUAUACAUCCAAAUAAUAUACAUCAUAAUAUAAAUCAUAAUAAAAAAAUAGAAACAGAAACUUCUAUCAGAAAUAUACCUGGUGUAGGAGAUCUAGGAUUAGAUCUUAUUAAAAAAUUUUUAAAAUGGAACCCAUAUGAAAGAAUCACAGCUAGCGACGCCCUUAACCAUCCAUGGUUUAAGACACAACCUUUGUCUGAAAAAAUACACCAAAGAAAUAAUAUUAAAGCAGCUCAUAGUUUUAUGACCAAAAAUUAUAAAAAAAGGGACCUACCCAAAAAUACUUAUUCGAAAAUUAAUGAAAAUUUUAGAUUUAUAAAUGUAGGAAAUUACAGAAAGGCUUAUCUUCGAAGUAAAUAUAAUGACCACCUCCUAUAUCUAAACUCACUUUCGUCAAAAAGGGAUGUCCUCAAGGAGCAACCUCUCCAACAGAUUGAUAAGAAGACAGAAGAAGAUAAAGAAACCAAAACGGAAACCACAAAUAUGGAGCAGAAGGAUAAAAAACAUAAAGAAUUAGUAAAUAUUAAAAAGGAAGAUGAACCAGGAGAAACCAAAAAAUGUAAAGUCGAAUCGGUCACGGAUUACAGUGAUAGGGAAAAUUUAAAACCCACUUUUGAUAAUGACAUAAAAAAAAAUGAACACAAAUUGAAUUCAAAUAAAUCAGAUAUAGACAAAACUAGGAAAUCAGCUACCAUAUCAAGAGACGGAAGCUUAAGAAGAAAUGAAAGAAAGACAAUAGCAGUGAUAAAAUAUUAUGACCAUAAAAUGAAAGAAUAUAAUCAUAACCGUAGCCCUAGUCAUGCUAAAAAGUACAACAAUGAAAAAAGGGAAAAGGAAAAAAAAAUCGAAGGUAUAGAUAAUAGGAGGGAAAGCAACAACUAUUUUAGGAGAAGUAGAGAAGGUAUAGAUGAUAGGAGAAGAUAUUCAACCAUUUGUAAAACGGGUUAUAACAACGCAGAUGUGUAUAGGGAUAGAAUAAGUCACCGAAGUAGGGAAAGGGAGUGGUAUAAAAAACCAUACGGAAGAAGGAGCAGAGAUAGGGAUAGAGAAAGAGAUAGAGAUAGGGAAAGGGAUAGAGAAAGAGAUAGAGAAAGAGAUAGAGAUAGGGAAAGAGACAGAGAAAGGGAAAGAGAUAGAGACAGAGAUAGAGACAGAGAAAGAGAUAGAAAUAGAGAAAGAGACAGAGAUAGAGAAAGAGAUAGAGAAAGAGAUAGAAAUAGAGAAAGAGACCGAGAUAGGGACAGAGAUAGAGAUAGAGAUAGAGACCGAGAUAGGGACAGAGAUAGAGAUAGAGAUAGAGACCGAGAUAGGGACAGAGAAAAAGAAAGAAAAAGAGAUAAAGAUAAAGAUAAAGAAAAUGAUAAAAGUAAAGAUGCUGAUCAAAAAAAACAUAAAUUAGAUACAGAAGAGUUAAGGGUUGAAAAGAAAAAGAAAAUAUAA